AGGUCAGUGGAGGUUGAUUUCGCACACACUGACAGUUGCAUUGCUCUGUUAUAAGAGGAAAUUGAGAGGUUGGUGCAUGGGGUUAGAUCAAGGAGGAUACAGAUAGGCCUAUACAUACAGCUGAGAUGGUUUAUAGAAUCUGUGACUUGAACGAAUUAUUCAGAGACAAAAUGUGAUGCAAGUUGUAAAGAGCAUCCUUUGGAAAACAUUGACUACAAGUAUCCCUCUCUCAACAUGGACGAUACAAGCAGUUCUCAACCAAGUCUAACUGAUCAGGAGUCUGAAGAAGAAGGAAAUGCCGAAGAGUAUGAUUUUGAAAACUUCAGCAAUGAGGAACAAAUGGACUACCUGGCUCGUCAUUUUCCGUACAUAGCGGCACAAGUGAUGCAAAAUGAUCCUGAGGCUUCUGAAGGUUGUAAAGCUACAGGUCAAUCAGCCAAUGGAGAUGCCCUGCUCUUUACAUCACCUACAAGCAGUACUGAAGCACUGAAUGAACAAAAACAAAAUGACACAUAUUUACUUGGGUUGCCAUCCGUUGAUCUCGGUGGAUGCUUGAACGAAACAACAUCAACCAAGAUAAAUGACUAUGAAUUAGAAGAUGAUACUGUAAUUAGCAAUGAGUUUGUUAGUGAAAAUGAGGCUAUACUGGAUUCAUUACUCCCAACGAAAAGAGCAGAAUGUGUAAUUGAAGAUGAUGUUUACAAUUUUGACAUCAAUUCGGAAGAACUACAGAAGUUUAUUGAGGAAUUUGAGGCAAUUUCUAAAUAUGAUGAACAUCUUUCGAAGCACAAACGGAAACGUCAUUCUAAAAACCGAAAUAAUCCAAAUGAAAAGGGGAAACAUAGCGAAGAUGGCGAUAGUCAUAAAAGUAAUAAAGUAAAGUUUAGUAAGACAAAACAAUUAAAGAUAUUGCUUACUAAUUUGUUAAAGAGCUCAAGGAUUUAUCAAACCACUGUGGACUCUGAAAGGAAACCUGAAUCGAUCCCACCUAAAGGUGAUGAGAGUCAUCCAUUGCUAAAAACGGAAAGCAAACUUCAAAAAGAACUUAAACCAACCACAGCACAAACAACUCACAGGACAAAUAAUGUCAAUUUAAAAGCAGAAAAACAAUUAGGUUCAGUGAUAAAUAUAGAAAGUGCGGAUGUUUCCAGAGCCAAGGUAAAUCAUAAGCAAACAGUGUCCCUUCAUCAAAAUCAUGUGAAGCACAAUGAUGAAAGAUCACUUAUGAAGGCAGCAAUGCACGGUGACUUGAACAAGAUGAAGUACUAUCUGGACUCGGAUGAAAGUCGGUGCAAUGUAUCAGACUUAAAGGGCAACACUUUACUACAUUUAGCAGCAAAGUUUGGCCAGUUGGAGUGUCUUCAGUACUUGCUAGGAAGAGUCUCCCCAGAUCUGUUACAGAGGGAGAAUAAUGACUGUCACACACCCACUGCUGUUGCAGUCAAGCAUGGUCAACAGAUUUGUAUGGAAUGGUUAGUGAGUGAAACAAGUGCAGUGGCAGAAUUAGAAGUGCAAGAUAACAGAUGGACGAUGUUGCACAUUGCUGCCAGAUAUGGUCAGGAAGCUUGUUUGAGGUGGUUGCUGGCCUAUAUGCAGAAUGAGGAUAUACCGAUAGAUGUGUUGGACAACAAAGGCAACACACCGGCACACCUUGCCGCCAAGUAUGGACAUCUCUACUGCAUCCAGACCCUAGUUGAGUUCAAUCAAGAUAUAACUUUACUGAACAAGAAACAACAAACGCCAUGUUCCUUAGCUCUCAAGCACGGAUACUCAACAUGUGCCCAGUUUUUGGUCGUCGUUGAAGCCUGUUCCAUGUUGUCUGAUCAAGUGAUUCGCCUUCAGAGAGAACUGCGAGAGACUGAACAAGAGAACACUGUGCUCAAGUCAAGGCUAGAAGAUGCUGUGGCAUGCACUGAUGGUUUGAUCCAGAUGCAGAAGACGGAUCUAAUGAAGAAGGUUGAGGAGGUACGAGCAGAGUACCAGAGCCUCACCAGUAUGCUUAUCAAAAAGCUAGACAUGAUGCAUUUGCAGAGUAAAGACAAACCAUCCAUCAACUGCAGUGCCCAAGCAAAAGAGAAAGCAGAUAAACUGAGCGAUGCAUGUGAUUGCUUAUUGAGUGAGGGCAGUAGUCGUCAUAGUCCAGAAGGGAGUGAGUUGCAAAAGAUUGAGAGCACUAUACAACGGAUUCAACAACCGUAUCAGAGACCGAUUGUGUCUUUCGAACAACUACAACCAAUGAACUUGUUAAGAAAUAAGUUGAAAGAAGUAAGCCUGCAAAUAUUGAAGGUCCAGUCUGCUAAGACUGAUGAAGACAAAAAGGCGUGGGGUAUGAUACAGAGACAUGACACCGACUCUCUGAGUAAUAGCCAAACCUCUACACUAAGCUCACCUUUGAUUAAUCCUACACUCAAUCAAGAAUGUUGCGAUUUAGGUCAACGACGUGCCAACUCAGAUUCAGGUGUACCAUGUCACUUGACCUGGAAAUACCAAUCACAAAAUAUUAAGGAACAUGGGUUCGCAGCUGAUAAAUUUUAUUCAGGAUCAUCACAAAAGAUAGAAUCUAAAACCGCAUCUAUAGUGAAGCCUGUUCAUUCUCCGCAGUCAAGUGGAAGUUCAAAUAGUUCACUUGGAGUCGGACCAAAAGUUACGAAGUCUGAAAUGAGAGGUGAAAGGUUACGUACAUAUUUUGCCACAAAGUCAAAGAAUGGAGAUUGCAAACAAUUUAAUGGUGAAACAAUUCCACUUGACUCUGAUCAUGAUUCAAUUUCUCACGAAUUAGCUAGCAAAUUAAAUUACAAUAUAAAUAAAUGUACUCAUAACGUUAAUGUUAAUCAUGUCGUAGCCAGCCAACCACAGGACAUUGACAUUUCACCUGGCAUUUCAUCCGGCAUUUCACCUGGCAUUUCACCUGGCAUAUCACCUGGCAUGUCACCCAGUAUUUCAGUUUCAUCAUCCCUAAAGGAAAUCUACAAAAAAUCAAGGCCUGCACCAAUAGUUGAGAAGAUUGAGAAUAGCACAGAAAAUUUACAUCGAAUCUUUGCAAGACAUCUGCCCGCCAACAAGUACAUUGCUUUGAAACAAAUGCCAGAUUGCCUGCGCAGAGUUCAGGCUCCUAACAAACACAACAGAAAACUGAUCAAGAUUGAUGUCGAUGGCGAAACGACGCUGUCGACAGUUGUUGAGGAAAAUCAAGCUCCUGCAAAUUCAGACGCGAGUACAGGCACAAGGUCGUAUGUUGUACCUUUGUUGAGGAACGGUCACAACGGUAAUAAUAACGCAAGAUCAGGGAUACUAACUCCUCCGGGAGAAAUUAGAAAAGACCGUAAAAAAGCAAAGGAUCGGCACAUCACCUUUGCCAUUGAUGAGAAAACUUUAUUUUCGGAACAAAAUCAGUCAGAUGGUCAUAACCAAUUUUUUGCAAAAAAUGAAUUCGAACAAAGAAAUGCUGAAAUGAAAGUGGCUCCUAAUAGAAAUGGUGAGAAACAUGAAAUUUUGAAUAUGCGAGCAGGGUCUGUCCAGGAAUCGGGUUGCGACUUCCCUCCUCGUAAGAUCAGAUCAAAUGGUCAACUAUCGGAGGAUAACCUGAGGAUUGCCAACGGAUCGACUGAUGAAGUUGAAGAAUUUGGGGACAGGCGUUCACAUUGGAAUGAGAGUAUCUCGGAUGAAACACAAUCAAGAGCAUGGUAUGAUAGUUCAGAUGAGGAGUUGGAGAGAAAAUGUCAGGAAAAACAUGAGAGCUACCUGUAGGACGACAUCAAUAUUUUUAUGUUUCAUUUAUUUGAACAAAAGAAAUUAUAAUUACAAAACAGAAAGUGUUUUUUUCCAGGGCAGUGUAACACUUACAAGUCUAUAGGAUAGGAUUGUAUAACAAAAUAAUAAUUAUAUUUCAUGAAAGUUUGCAUGGCAAGUAUCAAUAACAGAAUCAUAGAAGUUUCAAUACACCAUGUGUGAAAAUAGGACUAGUCAUCAUUAUCAUGCUCCUGAUGAUAGUUAGAGCAAUCUCACCAAAACGUUGAGACAACCAACAAGUGGAGUUGAAUAGCUUAGUGGUUAAGAUGCUUGCCUUCUGAUCCCAAGGUCCUGGGUUCAACUCCUGUCACAGCAGACUUUUUCUCACGACUAAAAUCAACUCCUCUCCCUAUGCUUCAUAAAAAGACUUAGUUUAUAAAGCAUCAUUCUCAUCCUGUAAGUGGUGAGUGUACUUGCCUUUGGAUGUGAGGGAAAUAAAAAAAAAUUAAACAUAUUUUUACACAUGGUGUACCGAAAGUUUUUAUGAUUUUGUUAUAGAAAUAAUAAUUCAAAUUUAUAUAUGCUAGACAGUGAGAUUAUAGAUAUUGGACAAUUGAAAA